UUCCCAUAUUAAUUGUUAACCCUUCCCUUGCUUACAGUAUUCAACCGGGAGAUUAUGUCAGAGAUGGGAGAGCUUGGAGUCCUAGGUUCUACGAUUAAAGGUAUGACGGCGUGUGUGUGUGUGUGUGGUGUCCGUUUGUAUCAAUAUGUAUCUGUGUGGCAUUUAUUAUUCAGUGCUUGGAAAUAUUAAUCUAUAUCGGGCUGUCCAGACUUAGCUGUUGGACUACAGAUCCCACAAUUCUGCCUGACAGUGAAUUAAACAAAUAAUGCAGUUGGAGGGCCAAGUUUAACUCCGUUUAUCUGCAUAAUAAUGCUGUAUACCAUUCUGUUUGAUUGUUCCUCAGGUUACGGUUGUGCUGGAACAUCCUACGUUGCAUAUGGUUUGUUGGCGCGAGAGGUGGAGCGUGUGGACAGCAGUUAUCGAUCUGUAAUGAGCGUCCAGUCCUCCCUUGUCAUGCAUCCUAUCAAUGCCUAUGGGUCAGAGGAACAGAAACAAAAAUACCUGCCCAGACUAGGUAUGUGCGUGACGCAUACAUUUCAUGGUGUAGCACUGAAUGUGCUUUGGAUAAAGGUACUCUGGCUUUUGUCUUCAAUACUCCUAGUUUAACCUGCAAAUUGUGGUUUAUUCACUAAACCAAGAGUUGUGAAAUAAAAAAGAAGGAUCUGAGCGCUCCAACUGGGAUAUGCAGACUUUCAAUGAAGUCAACACACAACAUCAGACAUUUUCAACCACGCUAUGUGGUCUUUUUUCAAAUCAAGAAUUUUGGGAAUUGCUAAUUUUGGACCUAAAUAGCCAUUUUGGAAGACUUCUUAAAGAAACUCUCUGUGUACCAAUACAACUUACAUGUGUUUUGGUUUUGACCUCAUUAAUAUGCACUAACAGCACUGAAUGAGUUAAUUUAACUCACUACCUGUCUCCUUUACUCACUACAUUUUUGUGUGUGUGCAAAAACUAUAAAGAUUUGAGCAUACAAAAGUUUUAAAAAAAAAUGCAGCAUAUUAAUGAAGUAUUAAGUGAUAUUGGUGCUUGGUGUGUCCCUUUAACUCUUAAUUCUCCAAUUCCAUUUCUGAUUACUUUGAAUAUUGUCCAGGAACAAGUGUCAAUAAAGAAAAAAACUAACUUUGAUGUUGGGGAAGAGAAAAACAGCCUCAUUCCAUUGUAUUAGGUGUUUGAGAUUAAAGGUGUUUUGCCAUAAACCUUAACCCCUUAAGGACACGUGGCAUGUGUGACAUGUCAUGAUUCCCUUUUAUUCCUGAAGUUUGGUCCUUAAGGGGUUAAACACAGAUCGCUGUGUUUGGUGAUAAAGACCAUGAUGGAUUGCAUGACGGUGUGUGUAUGUAGCAAUGCAAAGGGAAAUAUCUGCAGUAAUGUUAUUGGUUCUCUUUCUUGAGAUCGUUAUUUUGUCAUUAUUGAUAUCGCUUUUUUCUCUUUAUAUGACAGCGAGGGGAGAGUUAUUGGGCUGCUUUGGGCUUACAGAACCAAACCACGGCAGCGACCCCUCUGGAAUGGAAACCAGGGCUAGAUACAACCCAAGCAGCAAAACGUACACACUCAAUGGGUCCAAAACAUGGUAUGAGCAACUGUGACGUACACUGUAUACACCCUGAUGGCCACUAGGGGGAGGUGCUGCAUUCUGACUCCAGCAGUUGUUACUGUACAUUCUCCCUCUCUUCCUUUAAAGGGAUAUUCCAUGCCAGGAUGCCACAACACAGAUGCUUAGUGCAAUAUACAUUAUGCAUUUAAAAAUACAAAUUAUUAAUGAUAAAUCAUAUGGAAUAUUAAAGAUCCUGCAUUUGCUAGAUAUUCUCAGGUCUUACAGCAUGCAGUGAUAUAUAAUUAAAUCAGGAAAUGUGUAAGCCAAUCAGGAGCCUCUUAUUAUCUUCAAAACAGUCUCUGCUUCUCCCAUAAAGGCUUGCAUUGCAGCGUAUAAUGGGAUAAGUGGUCCGGUCUGGGGUAGCAAUCCUGUUAAUUGUGUAGUGACAUCGAUGCUUAAGCUGAGGCUGCUGUUGGCUUGCUGUGCGCUCCAUUUGCAGUUUAGUUAUCCAAUCCCAGUUGCCCAAUCUAUAAUGCGCGCAAUCAUAGUUUGGAUUCCUUCGGAGGGGUUAGAGACUUGAAAGACAUGCACGCAAUGAGCAAAUAUUUUCAACGAACAUAAGUUGUUAUGAGUUUAGAAUAUCCUCUUACAUAAUAUUAAAAUUAGAUUAUUAAGUACCAUGCAAGCUUUGGAUAUUGCCUUUCUAUAAAAUACUGACCAUGGCAGUACUUUGAAGGCCUUGUUCCAGUGUGGCAGGGUGCCGGCAUCGUCUAUGCUGCCUUUACCUUCCAUGAUAUUCCAUGUGAAUGAUGCUCACAUUGUUUAAUAAACUUUUAGUAAAUUCAAAAGAGCACUUCUAUUGAUAUUAUAACAGCUUUUGCAAACCUUAAAGGAACAGUCCGAACACCAUAACCACUACAGUGCACUGCUAUGGUUAUGAUGCCGGGGGUACACUGACACCCCCCAGUAAGUAGUAGACUCAUCAGUAAUGGUGUGCCUCCUUACCUGAGGUCUGCUUGCGCCGCUCCCUGCUUAUACUCAUCUCUAAGUUAAGUAAUGCGUGGCUUAGCUCAUUGGCUGAGAGAGAUCAGCUGACGCUCUCAGCCAAUAUGGUGGCUCUGCACUGGGAGCGCUUAGCUCAGGAGAGCUAACCUGGAGGCUGAGAGAAGGCAGGGAACGGUACCCAGCAAACACAAGGUAAGAAGUCAGAUUGAUUAUUUUCGUUCUGGGUGGGGGAGCCAGGGUACUCCUGACACCACAACUAUUAGAGCACUUUGUAGUGGUUAUGGUGCUUUAGAUACAGUUAAGUGACAUAGAGUGUUGGUGUUUUGAAGGUGAAGUUAUAAUGUUUAUUCUGUAUAAUCACACACAGGAUCUUUCUGUUGAUAAUUAUAUUUACAACAUAUUUUAUGAAUUUCUAUCCAUAGGAUUACUAACUCCCCCAUUGCCGACCUGUGUGUGGUUUGGGCUACGUGUGAAGAUGGUAAAAUCCGGGGAUUCCUGAUAGAAAGAGGCACAAAGGGGUUAUCCACCCCUAAAAUAGAGGGCAAGUUUUCUCUGCGAGCAUCUGCGACAGGCAUGAUUCUGAUGGAAGAUGUGGAGAUACCUGAGGAAAACCUACUUCCCCAUGUAUCUGGGCUAUCAGUGAGUCACCAGUGCUAUAUUACUCCAUAAAAUGUCUCUCUAUAACUCCUCCUAUUACUCCAUAUAACCUCUCCCUAUAACUCCUCCUAUUACUAAAUAUAACCUCUCCCUAUAACUCCUCCUAUUACUCCAUAUAACCUCUCCCUAUAACUCCUCCUAUUACUGCAUAUAACCUCUCCCUAUAACUCCUCCUAUUACUAAAUAUAACCUCUCCCUAUAACUCCUCCUAUUACUCCAUAUAACCUCCGUCUAUAACUCCUCCUAUUACUCUCUAUAACUCCUCCUAUUACUCCAUAUAACCUCUCCCUAUAACUCCUCCUAUUACUCCAUAUAACCUCUCCCUAUAACUCCUCCUAUUACUAAAUAUAACCUCUCCCUAUAACUCCUCCUAUUACUCCAUAUAACCUCCGUCUAUAACUCCUCCUAUUACUCUCUAUAACUCCUCCUAUUACUCCAUAUAACCUCUCCCUAUAACUCCUCCUAUUACUCCAUAUAACCUCUCCCUAUAACUCCUCCUAUUACUCCAUAUAACCUCUCCCUAUAACUCCUCCUAUUGCUCCAUAUAACCUCUCUCUAUAACUCCUCCUAUUACUCCAUAUAACCUCUCCCUAUAACUCCUCCUAUUACUCCAUAUAACCUCUCUCUAUAACUCCUCCUAUUACUCCAUAUAACCUUUCCCUAUAACUCCUCAUAUUACUCAAUAUAACCUCUCCCUAUAACUCCUCCUAUUACUCCAUAUAACCUCUCCCUAUAACUCCUCCUAUUACUCCAUAUAACCUCUCCCUAUAACUCCUCCUAUUACUCCAUAUAACCUCUCCCUAUAACUCCUCUAUUACUCCAUAUAACCUAUCUCUAUAACUCCUCCUAUUACUCCGUAUUAUCUCUCUUUAUAACUCCUCCUAUUAUUCCAUAUAACCUCUCCCUAUAACUCCUCCUAUUACUCCAUAUAACCUCUCCCUGUAACUCCUCCUAUUACUCUCAUGUAUAGGUCAUUAGGGUCUAUCUUACAUUAUACUGUAUAAUCUCUCCCCGCUGUUACUGUGAAUGGUUACAAUUUGUGUAUUUUGUGCUGUUUCAUACCCCAGGGUCCAUUUGGCUGUUUGAAUAAUGCUCGUUAUGGAAUUUCAUGGGGGGCACUGGGUGCCGCUGAGUUUUGUUUUCAUACGGCGAGACAAUACACUUUAGACAGGUAUGGACCAAUUGUUUUAACAGUCCAGUUCCAUGUAUGAAGUUUAAAUACAUAUUUCAAAUAUUUGUGCUAAAAUAUCUUGGGAGACGUUCAUUGUUGUGAUCUGAAAAGCUGUGCAAAAUUCUAGAAGUGGUGCGGUCACCGUGAAAACCAAUGGAAUCAACAGAAACAUUCAGUAUGUUAUUACUCAACAUUUUUUAAAAUUUGUUUACCACUUUUUAGUAAUUUAACAGUACCGGUAUGUGUAAAUGAGUAGCUGCAGUCUACGUUAAUACUCCAUUGUAGGUACUAGAAAUUGAAUUGAGACUGUAUAACACAUAUUCUUCAUAUUUGUUUUAAUUUUAGGAUUCAGUUUGGCGUGCCCCUUGCCCGGAACCAGCUGAUCCAGAAGAAAUUGGCAGAUAUGCUGACAGAAAUUACCAUUGGCCUACAAGCAUGUCUGCAACUGGGCCGACUCAAAGACCAGGACAAGUGAGCAACAGUCUGUGGCUGUAACGUUGUUCAGAUGUGUAGAAUCAGCAAAAAUCUCUUUAUACAACUGUCAUAAGCAUUUGAGGAAAAAACACUAAUUGGAUCACGUUUAUCACUAGAAAUAAGUUAUUUAAAUCAUCACUGUGAGAAUGAUCACAUUUAGGGUAACUACAGGUCUGUCUCACUCUAAGGCAGAGCUUAGCUGGGAUUGAGGGCAUCUAUAAUUCAGCAUGAAAACAGUAUUCAGGGGACACUGCACCAAGACUACUGCAAUGAGAGGAAGCAGUCUGGGUGCCUAUAGUGUCCCUUUAAUAUUCAUUUAAAAAAAUAUAUAUACAUAUUAGUCCCCCUGUUUGUACUGCUUUGUUGCAUUAUUCGGGACUGAAUUGACUGUAAUCCAGCAUUUUGGCUUUUUCCGGUUUGUUCUCAGUGAUAACCGAUGAUGUCAUUGCCCUCAAAAAUACCCUUUGUAGUUUCCCGCCUGGCAUCUCUGACUGCGUUCUCUUUCCAUUUUGACUUCAUUCCCAACAAUCUCGCCAAGUUGUUUUUGUUUUUAGUAGUUUCUAUGCCAUGCUGUGCAUGUCAGGCUCUGUUUGUGUGUCAGCACACAUAGAGAAGCUGACAACACAUCAUGAUUUAAGAAUGAAAACAGUGCAAUAAAACAGUUCCCCAAGUCAAAUAUUCACUAAUUUCAAAGAAUGACCACUGUCAGAGCUGGCUUGCUGUGAACUGCAUGUACAGGAUAAUGACCGGUGAUGCUAUCACUCUGUGAACGAGCAACAUAAUAUGAUAGAGUGAUCUUGGGUCUAAUAAGAGAUCACUCAAUAUGGCAGCACAGGCAGGUGUAAGGAGAAGGUAGAGGAGGCAAAACAUUAAAAAGUCAAUAUACGUGAUUAUAAAAUAUACGUGAAAGUAUAUGCACUGCACAUUUCACGCAGGCCUUCUACACAAAAAUUCUUUUCCUGGUGUUUUUCCAUCUUUCUAGGUUUCUGUUGGUUUCUUUUCAGGGUCUCAAGGUUCUUUACCUCUAUAUAGUGUUAGUGAAAACUGAGCAAACAAGGAAGUCCGUUGAACAAACUGCUCAUGACUGAAGUGGCUUCCUCUUGAUAUUUAUUGGGUUUAUGUUUGCUUGUGUUUAUUAUUCUGUGCGGUGGGCAUAGCCUAAACGUGACAUUCAUUUCUCUCCGUUGGUCUUUUAGAGCCACUCCAGAGAUGAUCUCUAUAUUGAAGAGGAAUUCAUGCGGAAAGGCACUGGAUAUUAGCCGACAGGCAAGGGACAUGCUUGGAGGCAAUGGGAUUUCUGAUGAAUACCAUAUCAUCAGACAUGUAAUGAACCUGGAGGCAGUCAACACAUAUGAAGGUAUAGCUGCAUUAACAUAAACGUUUUGUCUCUGGGUUUGUACCCUAGGUGGCGGUACACGUCAUAGUGAAUGGAUAAGGAAUAUGCAUCUCACUAUCUGACCCCUUGGUGGCAAUACUGCUCUGUGUGAAUGGAUGAAGACGGUUUAUCUCAGUGUCUGACCCUAGGUGGCGAUAUUGCUCUGUAUGAAUGGAUGAAGACGGUUUAUCUCAGUGUUUGACCAUAGGUGGCGGUACUGCUCUGUGUGAAUGGAUAAGGACUGUUUAUCUCAGUGUUUGACCAUAGGUGGCGAUAUUGCUCUGUGUGAAUGGAUGAGGACUGUUUAUCUCUGUGUCUGACUCUAGGUGGCGGUACUGCUCUGUGUGAAUGGAUAAGGACUGUUUAUCUAGAUAUCUGAUAUAAACUGAAUUGAGUCAUAGCUGCCCUCACUAUACUCACAUAUACUCUUAACAGGUACCCAUGAUGUCCAUGCCUUAAUUAUUGGAAGAGCCAUCACAGGACUGCAGUCGUUUACGGUUGGAAAAUAAACAUUGGCUUCCUCCCAAGUUCACGGAUAUAUCAUGAUUUUAAAGGAAACAAUAUUGAAAUGACAUUUUGUGUCUUACAUGACAGUUGCUAUAAUAUCUCUUUGUCUGUAUACAAGUUUCCAAAACAUUGAAAGAUACGCCUGUUUCAAACAGCUGAACAUUCUAAACUAAAUUAUUCUCAGAUCCGUGUCAGAAUUCAGCUAGCGGGAAAAGCAGUAUUACAUUUCACUUCUUGAGUGGAAGCACAUGUAAGAAAGUGCAAGAUAAAAAUUGUUCCACUUCUAGCAUUUUGAAGCACAGAAAAUAAAAUAUGUAAAGUUCAUUUAAUCGACGGAAACAGUUAAACAUACAGUAAUGAAUGUAAGUAGGCAAUUUUGAAUUUAAACUAAAAACAUUUAUUUUUGUUAAAACACGAUUUAAUAGUUAAUGCAUAUCAUACUAUAAAAUUAAAAAUAAAUUGUGAAAGAUUUUUCGUAUCCAUUCUCUACUUCUUACCCAAUAGUCUUGUCCUUUUAUUUACCUAAAUACAAUUUAAUAGGUUUACCGUAAAACAAGCCACCAAUAAAUAUUCUACUGUCCCCCCUCAUGAACAGAAAGAAAGGGAAUUUUUGUUUUCGACUUUUGAAUAAACAUUUAAUGCUUCGUAUUGUUGUGAUGCUAUUAGACUCUUGUGUCGAAGGAUAAAACUUUAAUGAAAGUAUUUUAUAGGAUACAUGCAUCUUUGAGUAUUUUUUUAUUUCAGUUACAUUAUUUUUAUUCUGGAAGUGUUAUGAUGGGGC